CGAAUCGGAAGACAGACGUUGCCUAGCAACACGCCCCCUUUCCGGAUUUCUCCGACGUCGGACAACCGAACACCGAGCAAGAAGUUUCGGAAUUCAAGAUGGCUGCGCGCCCUGUGUGACUUGCCCAGUUCGAAGCCGGAUUUGCUAGUCGUUUAGUUCUCAAGGAUGGAGCAGUCCCAACACUAAGGUUAACGGUCUUGCGUUGGAACCGCAGGCGGAAUAAUGUUCAACAGCAAUGGCUACUUACAACACGCUGCAGGACAGGAUCAGAGUAGCCAAGGAGCUGCUUGAGCAAGUGGACAAGAUAUGCAGUCGACAAGGCCGUGAGGUCGAGGGACGCGCUAAACUGUGCAGUAAACUCAGGGCUGAGCUCAAGUUCCUACAGAAGGUGGAGGCCGGCAAGGUUGUGAUCAAGGAGUCUCACCUGCAAAGCACCAAUCUCACUCAUCUAAGGGCCAUCGUUGAGUCAGCCGAGAAUCUAGAAAAUGUGUUGAGCGUCUUGCACGUGUUCACCUAUGAGGGACCUGAUGGACAGAAGCAGACGUUGGUGGUUGACGUGGUGGCAAACGGAGGACACACUUGGGUAAAAGCCAUCGGGCGCAAGGCGGAGGCACUACACAACAUCUGGCAAGGCCGUGGCCAGUAUGGGGAUAAAAGCGUGAUCCGGCAAGCUGAAGAUUUCCUUGAGGCCAGUCAGCAGCAGCCUGUGCAGUACAGCAACCCGCACAUUAUAUUUGCCUUCUACAAUGGGGUAUCCAGCCCUAUGGCAGACAAGCUCAAAGAAAUGGGCAUAUCUGUGAGAGGUGACAUUGUUGCUGUUAAUACAAUGCUUGAAGGUGGAGAAGAGGAGGAGGAAGAGGAGGAGGAAGAAGACAGUCAAGACAGGCACGGUGGUGAGGAAGAGGGUCAGGAGGGAGAAAAUGAUUUUUUGGUCGAGGAAGAAGAGGAUGCUGAUGACGACGAUAGUGACGACACAGACCUCAUGCACACCCGAGUUGAUCGAGACACCAUUGUGGCCAGCCUUGCCUUUCCUACUGAGGUGAAGGUAGAUGUGUGCAACAGGGUGAACCUCGACAUCACCACUCUAAUAACGUACGUGUCCUCCCUCAGCCACGGCAACUGUCACUUUACUUUUAAAGAGGUGGUGCUGACAGAGCAGGCCGCACAGGAACGGCAAGAGAAGGUCCUGCCCCGGCUGGAGGAGUUCAUGAAGGGAAAAGAGCUGUUUGCUUGUCAUUCUGCAGUUGAAGAUUUCCGCGUGAUCUUGGAUACGUUAGGAGGCCCGGGAGAAAAAUCCCGAGCUGAGGAGCUGCUAGCCAGACUCAAAGUGGUUCCGGACCAGCCGUCUGAGCGAACCAACCGCUUAGUUGCGAGCUCAAAAGUGAACCGUAGAUCACUGAUGAUCUUUGGGACAGGGGACUCGCUGCGGGCCAUCACUAUGACUGCGAAUAGUGGAUUCGUUCGCGCUGCUGCUAACCAGGGUGUGCGAUACAGCGUGUUCAUCCACCAACCUCGAGCACUCACUGAGGGGAAAGAAUGGAGAGCAACUCCAAUAUGACCGGGGCUGUUAAAGUAAUAACAUGUCAGCAAUUAAGAAGGUUAUUGCGUAAGACAUGGGGAGAUUUAUAUUGUAUAAGAGAGAACCAGACACUUGUAAGAGAGCCACUACUGUAUACUCGCAAAUAAAUAUCAUGGCUGACGCAGACACUCAGCAAUGUUUCUGUGGCUCUUUAUGUAAACUCGGUGCCUCCCUCGAAGGCCGCAUUUCAGUGCAAAGCCAGCAGAGAUGUCAAAUUAACCAAAUGUAUGAUUAAAUCAUAGCUUAUAGUGUCAAAAACAGUUUAAACAAAGGCAUAUACUUUCAUUUCAAAGCUCUUGACUAAAUGAGUGUUUUUCUUUUCACCUGGUAUUUUUGAUUUAAUCUUGGCACAUACAUUUACAUAAGAGUACAAAAUAAACACUCUUCAGAUGGCUUUACAACAUGAAGAAUAAUAUAUCUCUGUUAUCGAUGAAGCCAAGUCAUGUUGUGGUUUUAUUGUAAAAUGAUACAAAAUAUUUCUAUUGCAAAUAAAUCAUAUUAUUUUGAUCUUUCAA